UAAUUUGUGUUAGUCUUACCUUAUUUCAUUUUUACUUUGCAGCUGUUAAGACUUGACAAAAUGGCAGAAAGGAAUGCUACUGGUGUGACAGAAUUUAUUCUCUUGGGGUUUGCAGUCCAUAGAGAGGUAGAAGUCAUUCUCUUUCUGCUCAUUCUAGUUGUCUACAGUCUGACUUUAGUGGGAAAUGUAGGAAUGAUUUCACUAAUCAGGAUGGAUUCUAGACUUCACACGCCCAUGUACUUUUUCCUCAGUAAUCUAGCUUUUGUAGACCUUUGUUAUUCCUCUUCAGUAGCCCCCAAGUUCCUGGAGACUCUCCUCAGUAAUAGAAGGUCUAUAUCUUUCUAUGCCUGUGCAACCCAACUUGGUUUUUUUCUGAACUUUUUGAUUUCAGAGAUGUUUCUUCUUGCAGUAAUGGCUUAUGAUCGUUAUGUAGCCAUUUGUAACCCUCUUCUGUACAUGGUGAUCAUGUCCCAGAAGGUAUGCCUACGACUUGUAAUGGGGCCUUAUUUUUACAGCUUUGCUGUAGCUUUGCUCCACACAGUAGUUACUUUCAAAUUGAUUUACUGUGGCCCCAAUAUAAUCAAUCACUUUUAUUGUGAUGAUGUCCCUUUGAUGGCUCUCGCCUGCUCAGACACCAGCCUCAAAGAGAUUCUAAUAUUCAUUUUUGCUGGAUUCAACAUGAUCAGUUCUUUGACCACUAUCCUGAUUUCCUACUUAUACAUUGUGGCUGCUAUCUUAAGAAUCCAGUCCACCGAAGGAAGGUGCAAAGCCUUCUCAACAUGUGCUUCUCAUCUGACUGCUGUGACUAUCUUCUAUGGGACACUCAUUUUUAUGUAUCUGCAGCCAAAAUCAAGCCAUUCCCUUGACACAGACAAAAUGGCCUCAGUAUUCUACACAAUUGUCAUCCCAAUGCUCAAUCCUAUGAUCUACAGCUUAAGGAACAAGGAGGUAAAGAGUGCUCUGAGGAAAGCUCUUGAAAAAUGCUAUUUGUUACCGGUAAUGCACCUCAAGAAAGGAAUUUCCUGACUUGUUUAAAUCUUUGAAAUAAAUUCAUUUUUAUCAUACUCUUGAUGAGAAAAGUGCUUUCAUUCACUAUUUAUA